UUAACAACACUGCCGGUUUGUUUUAGUUAAAAAGAAAACAUAAAUUUCCUUAUUUUCCCCGCUGUUGUAGCUGCAAAUACUGUUUAAAGGAAAAUGACCACCGCUGUAGAAGUGGCCGGCAAGGGGCCGGGGAAGCUGGCUAACUAUUUUGCGCUACAAACAGCGUUUGAGAAAGCCCUGGAACUGGCUAUCACUGAUGGAAAUGUGGAGAUGCUGGUCAAGGCUUAUAACAGCUUCCCGGCAAAUACCGAGCACGACAAGCGCCUGCCAAUGGACCACGCGUUCAGGGUGCUCCUUAUGAAGCGGCUGGAGGACGACGUGCAGCGCAUUGGCGAUCUCGUGCAACUCUCCGUGGCCGCCACGCGUGCCGAUAUAGUGUCCAACACCAUUCCCGUGGUGCUGCUCAUCGACACCUUUGACGUGGUCACGCUGGACAAGUGCCAGGAGAUCUUUCGGUUCGUCGAGGAGCUUGUGGAGGUGUGGAAGGAAGAGAUCUUUUUCGCCUCCUGCAAGAACAAUAUCCUACGCAUGUGCAACGACUUGCUGCGCCGCCUUUCGCGUACCCAAAACACUGUGUUCUGCGGACGCAUCUUACUCUUCCUCUCCAAAUUCUUUCCUUUUUCGGAGCGUUCUGGCCUAAACAUCGUGUCCGAGUUUAACCUGGAGAAUUUCACGGAGUACGGGCUGGAUAGCAAGGACCACGACGAGAGCGACAACAAGGAGUUGGAGGACACAGCCGAGGAUAUCCCCUUGAAGAUUGACUACGAUCUCUACUGCAAGUUCUGGUCGCUACAGGACUUUUUCCGAAAUCCCAAUCAAUGCUACAACAAGGCUCAAUGGAAAAUGUUUCAGAUGCACGCCGAGAAUAUUCUGCAGUCCUUCUCAAGCUUUAAGUUGGAGGACGUGAGGCAAAGUGGCAGCGAUAACGCAACCGAGGCUGCCCAGUCAAUGGAGGUGGACGACGAUGCCGUUGAUACUACAGCGGUGACCGCCGUGAUUAAGGCGAAUCACUUCUUUGCCAAAUUCCUGACCAAUCCGAAACUUCUAGCCUUACAGCUCUCUGAUGCCAAUUUCCGAAGGGCUGUCCUGGUGCAGUUUCUAAUUCUUUUUCAGUACCUUCAAGUCAGUGUUAAGUUUAAAAUCGACACAUACACCUUGACUGCAGAGCAGGCUGACUUUAUCAAGGAAACAGAGUCACGUGUUUAUAAAUUGCUGGAGGAGACGCCGCCGUACGGCAAGCGGUUUGCUCGAACAGUGCACCACAUGCUAGUUCGAGAGGAGAUGUGGAACAACUGGAAGAACGAAGGUUGCAAGGAGUUCAAAAAGCCGGAAGAACCGACUGCGAGCGAAGAAGAUAUAAAGCCACCUCCCCCUAAAAGACCAAGGCGUCCACUGGGCGAUGCGCUGCGCGAUGCUGCACGCAAUGGCAAAUUCUUCUUGGGAAACGAUAACCUAACCCGUUUGUGGAACUAUUCCCCGGACAACUUGCAGGCCUGCAAGAGCGAGCAACGCAACUUCUUGCCGCUAUUGGAAACAUAUUUGGAGACGCCGCACGAAAAAACUGACCCCGCCUUUGAGUGGCGAGCACUGCGUUUGCUUGCCCGCCAGACGCCUCACUUCUUCACCUCGCUCUCCCAGCCCUCAAGCAAGAUCUCCGAUUAUUUGGAGCAGGUGCGCAAGCGUCUCAUCAGGGACAAGGAGCCAAAGCCAGCAGCUCUACUAUCGAGCAACUCCUCGGAGAACACUUUUGGCCUGGCUGUCAACCAUGCCAACACGGAGAGUGAGCAGGAUGCUACAGUGGCCCUCCAGGAUACGGAACCAGAGCAGGGUCUCGAGGUCGAGGACAGCGAGCCCGUGGUCGAGGACGUCGACGAGGUGCCAGCCCACGAGAAGCCUCUUAUGGUGACCAAAGAGCACAUUCAGGAAAUAGCACCUCUGAUAGGCGAGCCCUGGAUGAAGGUGGGCAAGAAGAUUGGUUUCACCAACGACGAGCUGCUCUUCUUCCAAUCGGAGGACCCUUCGGCCAACGUGGCCUGCAUCCAAAUGCUGACUAACUGGAUAUCUGAUGACGAUGACGCCACCCUGGACAACUGGGCGUACAUGCUCGAGGGGUUGGAAAUGCACAAGGCCGCCGAUGCGGUAAAGGCAAUCAUUGAACGGGAAAAAUCCGGAUCCACUGCCGCGCCAGCCGUUCCAGCUGCUGCCGACAACGACGUGGAGGUGCUGUCUGACUAGCUUCGCCACAAAGAACCCACCCUAGUUAUAGGCCACUUUAGGUUCGUUCCAAUCAUCAAACUUCUUUAUCACAAGUAAAAGUAUGGACAUGUCCACUGUUAUCAACCAGA